AACCUACACUGAACAACUUGAGUUGCCAUGCCAAUCCUUAAUUGCAAUUUCUACUAUUCAAUUGCGCACAACUUGACUGUAGUAGCACUGACUUUGGAUCAAUCUCUUCUUCAAAUCAACAUUUGAUGAAAUGCACAUAGAAGCUAAUAACCACACAGUCACACACACACACAAUGCAAACAUACAAGGUUCUCAUGCUAAUGCUUCAUACUUUCUUCUUCUGUAUCAUUCCAACUUCAUCUAUACAAUAUGAAACUUUUUCUGCCAUUACACCAGAUCAUUCUAUCCAAGGUAAUGAAACUUUAGUGUCUUCAUCUGGAACUUUUGAAGCUGGAUUCUUCAACUUUGCAAAUUCACAACUCCAAUACUUUGGUAUAUGGUACAAAACAAUAUCACCUAAAGUGUAUGUUUGGAUUGCCAAUAGAGAUUCUCCGAUACAAAACUCAACGCCAAUUCUAAAACUAACAUAUAAAGGUACUCUUACUAUUGUUGAUGAUUCUAGAACCAUUAUAUGGUCCUCCAAUGCAUCAACAGUUGCGGCAAAACCGGUCUUGUUGCUUCUAGAUUCAGGAAACCUUGUUGUGAAAGAUGGAGAGAGAAUUCUGUGGGAAAGUUUUGAUUACCCUGGUGACACUUUCCUUGCAGGAAUGAAACUCAAGACAAGUUUACUAAAUGGUCCUUAUAUGUCUCUUACAUCAUGGAAAAGUGUUGACGAUCCUUCUUUAGGUGAGUUUUCUUAUCACAUAGAUUUUCAUGGAUUUCCUCAAUUAGUUACAACAAAGGGAGGAAAUAUAUAUCAUAGGGGACCAGCUUUGAAUGGUAAUGCUUUUGGUGGAGUUUCAUGGCUAAGUAAUCUUAAGUUGUUGAAAUUUUCAUUAAUGUUAAAUGAUAAAGAAGUUUCUUAUGAAUAUGAAACUUUGAAAAAUGAAACUAUUACUAGAUUAUGGCUUAGUCCAUCAGGUUAUUCAGAGAGAUUGGUAUGGUCAGAGAGUAGAAAAAAUUGGGAUAUUAUAACGACUCGUCCGUUGGAUCAGUGUGCAUAUUAUUCAAGUUGCGGUGAUAAUUCUGUCUGCAAUAUUACAAACUCUCCAAGAAUAUGUCAAUGCUUGGAAGGUUUUGUACCUAAGUAUUAUGAAAAGUGGAAUUCUUUGGAUUGGUCUGGUGGAUGUGUUAGAAGAAUAAGGUUAAAAUGUAGUGGAGAUUGGUUUCUGCAGCAUUCAGGAGUUGAGUUGCCAGAUACAUCCUCUUCAUGGUUUAACAAGAGUUUGCGUCUUGAAGAAUGUGAACAAAUGUGUUUGAAAAAUUGUUCAUGUUCAGCAUAUACAAACUUAAAUGUUAAAAGUAAUAGUGGAUGUUUGAUUUGGUUUGGAAAUAUAAAGGACUUGAAAAACAAUAUAGACCAAGGACAAGAUAUUUUCAUAAGACUUGCAGCCUCAGAGUUAGAUCAUGGAAGAAAUAGGAGGAGCUUUAACAAAAUGAAGCUUGCAGGGGCACUAGUAGGAGUCAUUUUAUUCAUCAUGAUUCUUGGACUAGCCACACUUACAUAUAUAAAUAGAAAGAAGCUUGCAAAACCAGGGAUGCUAAAAACAUUAUAUAUGAAGCACAAAAGAGAUGAAGAAGAUGUGCAGCUAUCAACAAUAUUUGGUUUUUCAACCAUAUCUAAUGCCACAAAUCACUUUUCAGACCACAACAAGUUAGGACAAGGUGGUUUUGGACCAGUAUACAAGGGCAUAUUGGAAGAUGGACUAGAGAUUGCAGUAAAGAGGCUAUCAGAAAUAUCAGCACAAGGAGAAGAACAGUUCAAAAAUGAAGUCAUGCUUAUGGCGAAGCUUCAGCAUCGCAAUCUUGUAAAACUUCUUGGUUGUUCAAUAUUCCAAGACGAAAAGCUCCUGAUCUAUGAAUUGAUGCCCAACAGAAGCUUGAAUUAUUUCAUUUUUGAUUCAACGCGAAAGAAACAGCUAGAUCUGAUCAAACGAUUUCAAAUUAUUGAUGGGAUCGCUCGAGGUCUGCUCUAUCUUCAUCAAGACUCUAGAUUAAGAAUCAUCCAUAGAGACCUCAAAACAAGUAAUAUUCUUCUUGAUAAUGAUAUGAAUCCAAGGAUAUCAGAUUUUGGUCUAGCUAGAACAUUUCUUGGAGAUCAAGAUGAGUCUAACACAAAAAGAUUGAUGGGAACAUAUGGUUAUAUGCCACCUGAAUAUGCGGUCCGUGGAUGUUUUUCAAUCAAAUCUGAUGUUUUUAGCUUUGGAGUAAUUGUUCUUGAGAUAAUUAGUGGGAGAAGGAUUCGAAAUUUUUAUGACCCGUGUCAUCAUCACCUAAAUCUUCUUGGUCAUGCAUGGAGACUGUGGGGUGAAGAAAAGGCACAAGAGUUAAUAGAUGAGUCAUUCCAUGGUACAGUAAUUCCAUGUGAAAUUUUGAGAUGUAUUCAUAUUGGUCUACUAUGUGUGCAACAAAGACCAGAACAUAGAUCAAACAUGUCAUCUGUGGUCUUAAUGUUGAAUGGUGAAAAACUGUUGCCUGAGCCUAACCAACCUGGGUUCUAUACUGCAACAGCUCAUCAUCCGAUUCAGGUAGAUUCUUCACAAAAUGAAGCUUCUCUGUCAUUGUUAGAGGCACGGUAGAAUAUCAUGUUGAUACUUAGUAGUACUUACAAGGAUUAAAGGUGCAUUUGAAGGAACUUAUUUUAUGACAAAAGUGCUUGUAUAAGUGACUUGUGAUAGCUUAAGAAAUUAGUUUAUGGGACAUCUUUACGCUUUUCAGCUUAUUUCAAUAUAAAUUCUCCAUGAUAUCAAAAAGAUAUUCAUAAAAUAGAGGGAACAAUUAUGGAAAUAGAUCCUGAUGUCCAUAUAGAAGCAAACAUUGGAUUUGGAUGUCAAUAUAGCAGAAUCAUGCAAAUAAGUUUUCAUGAUUACUAAGUCAACAUUUUAUUAUUUUAUGACAUCAACAUGAUCAUGUAUAUGAUAUGAACAAACAACUAAUAACCAACUUCAAUAAUUCUGGACC